UACAACUGUUUUAUUGAAAUAACGCAUUGAUUUUCUAUAAUAAUUAUAAAGGAAAAGUGUUUAUAAUAAUAAACGAAUGUACAGUUUUUUCUUCGUCGUCGGACUGUUUGUAAAAUGGAUAUGAAACGUCUGCAUAUUUUCGCGUUUUUAAACGUAUUUGUGUUCGCAAUAUUUGGGACUGUUUCAAGUCAAACUUAUGAAAAUGCUACACGUUUAAGAUCGGAUCUUUUAGCAAACUACCAUAAAGAUGUACGACCGAUAAAUAAUCAAUCGCAUGUGGUAAAUGUAAAUGUAACGCUUGAUCUGUUCGGAAUACUUGCAACUCAAUGUGUGUGGAUAGAUGAGCGGAUGCAAUGGGAUCCUGCUGAUUAUGGUGGCAUUUCUAAAAUUCUUAUUUCAACAAGUGAAGCCUGGACUCCUUCCAUUUCACUUGGAACGCCUAUUGAAUUUGCUACAAUGGGCUCGGUUAAUAAUCAUGUAAUCUUCUUUCCAAGCGGGUUCGCACUGUUUUAUCCAGGCGCUGUUUUGAAAAGUUCAUGUGGAUUUAAUAUGAAGUUUUGGCCCUUCGACAAACAGAUAUGUGAUGUCGGAUUUUUCCCCUUAGAUUAUACAACGGACCAACUAUUAUUUACGAUAAUUGAUGGGGUAAAAACUAAGUCAUUUACCCCAAACGCUGAAUGGGUUCUUGAAGAUACAUCAUACUACACUAUAAACACGGUUGGAUUUUCAAUGGCGAUAUUUCGGUUUAAACUGAAACGGCAAUCACUCUUUUAUGUUUUAACCAUUAUUUUACCAAUCAAUGGAAUCGCCGGACUUACCUGCCUCGUUUUUCUGUUACCUAGCGAGUCUGGUGAACGCGUCAGCUAUGCAAUUACAAUAAUGUUAUCCUUAGCAGUUUUCUUGACUGUAGUUUCUGAUGAAAUGCCAAAGUCCUCGGAACCGAUAUCAUUAAUGUGUUGUUACAUUCUGGCUGGAAUAUGUGUGAGUGUUAUAGGAACUGUUUUGGCCAUACUUAAUCUAGCUGUAUAUCACCGCAAGGAAAAUGUUCCCAAAAGACCAUGGCAUAUUUCACUCGUUAUGUUUUCAAAUUGUACUAGAAAUAACAAAGUGAGCGAUGAACAAGACAGGGACAAGGGUAUUCAGGACAUUAAAUACGGUAAUGCACCAACACAUGAUAAGACAAAAGCAACCAAGACACACAUCUUAAAAGUAAAUCAGGACGAGAAUAACGACGCUGAUGGUCAAACAAUAACGUGGCAAGAUGUGAGUCAUGCCAUUGAUAAGCUUUUAUUUUAUGCAAUGGUCUUUUUGACGUAUAUUCCAUCCAUUGGGUUCUUGAUUUAUCUUGGUGCAGCCUCAGAUUAUCAAAUGUGAAAUAUAUAAAUUUUUUUAUAUAAUUGUAUGUCUUUACAGAAUAACUGUAUGAUAAAAAUACAGUUUUACAAGUACAUUGUAAUCUAUUAAAUUGGUACAGUGAAAGUGGAGAAAACCGGACGGCUCUCGGACCGAGGAUUUUGUCCGGUUUUCCCAGCGGUCCGGUAUUCUCAAUGUCCCCUUCAGCUGUUCAGGAUCAUAUAAACCGAGCAAUGACUUACAAAGGAUGCUGAACGUAUUUUUGCAUUUUCAUGAUUAUGAGUAAGUAUAUUGCUAAAUAAAGAAAUGAUAAAAUACUAUACAAUAUGGUUUAAUUGCGUUUGUCCCAAUUAUUGCAUAUAAAUACAAUAAAAUUUUGGAUUUAAACGAACAGCAGUUACUGCAUAACGAUAAAGUCCGAUUACACCCGCAUAUGUUUACAUUUGGGUAAUGGAUAAUGAUUUAACAAACAUACAUGUACUUUACCUAGUUUGUUUAUAAUAAUGCCUCAAUUGUAAAUAUUGCCUAUAACAUAUUUGUCAGAUAAAGAAUUUUAAAGUAGGUCUUGGCAAA